AUGACCGACUCUCGUAUCCAGACAUUCCACACAGCAACCCUUUCAAACAACACCAAGGUUUGGUAUAGGGAAGCAGGUGAUAAAUCUAAUCCAUCAAUUGUCUUGUUGCAUGGAUAUCCCACUUCUUCAACUAUGUUUCGUCACUUGAUCCCAUUGAUUUCUGAUAAAUUUCAUGUCAUUGCACCUGAUCUCCCAGGGUUCGGAUUCACAGAAGUUCCAGAAGACUACCAUUACUCCUUCGAUAACUUGGCUGCCACGGUCAGAGAGUUUUUGAAAGAGAUCAAUGUUACUAGGUUUGCCAUCUACGUCUUUGAUUAUGGGUCUCCAGUCGGAUUCCGUUUAGCGUUGAAGGAUCCCUCUUCCAUCACAGGUAUUGUUACUCAGAACGGCAACGCAUACGAAGAGGCACUUGGAGAUGAAUUCUGGGGUUUUAUCAAAAAGUACUGGCAGACUACCCAAACUGAUCCAGUAUUUGUUAAGCCACUUUCUCAGUUUAUAGCUGAUAGAAAGAAUGUCGAUGACCAAUAUUUCAUUGGUGUUAAGGACAAAACAGCUAUAGAACCAGCUGCAUAUACCCUUGAUUUUGCUUUGUUACAAAGGCCAGGCCAAACUGACAUUCAAUUGAAGUUGUUUCACGAUUACCAGAACAAUUUGACCAUUUAUCCUGCAAUUCACGAGUUUUUAAAAGCUCAUCGGAUACCUGUCUUGGCAGCUUGGGGUAAAAACGAUUACAUCUUUACUCCAGAAGGAGCCGAGGCUUUUGGCAAACAUGCCCAAAAAUUCAAGUUGACCCUUUUGGACUCUGGACACUUUGCUUUGGAAACUCACGUCCAGGAUAUUGCCCAUGACAUUAAUACAUUCCUCCAUGACAAUAUAGCUUUAUAA